ACAGUCAUUUCGCAGUGAACCAUGACGGGGACCAGGACGGGGACCAGGACCGCCUCGCUGCGACGCGCAGCCUCCCCGGUGCUUGCGGCCUCGCUCGCAACAGUGCUGGCCGUGUUCCUUACGGUGCCGGCGACAGGCUGCCGCGGGUCUGCUUGCUGUGCCAUCGCGGGCGCUGCUCUCGGGGCCGGAGCCGAUAUGACGGAGAGGCUGCUGGUUGUGGACACCGACGCCGGCGCCGACGACGCGAUGGCCCUCCUGGUGCUGCUCGGCGCCGAGGCGGAGCAGCCCGGCGGCGUGGAGGGCACGCGCGUCCGAGUGUUGGCGGUGACGUGCGCGCAGGGCAACACGGGCUUGAGGAACGUGACACGCAACGUGCUGGCCACGCUGCGCACGGCGGGGCGCGCGGAUGUGCCCGUGUUCGGGGGCGCCGCGCAGUCCCUGCUGGUCACGCCGCCCACGGACCACCACUUCGGAGAGGACGGCCUCGGCGACUUCCUCCCCGCCAACGAUAGCUACAGUUCGGUGCAGGUGGAGCACGCCGCCGUCGCCUUGGUGCGCCUGGCCCGUCGGUACCCUGGUCGCAUCAGCCUCGUGUGCCUCGGGCCGAUGACCAACGUGGCGCUGGCAUCGCGCCUCGACCCGGAGUUCCUGGACAACCUGAGGGACGUUUUCGUGCUUGGAGGGUCCUCGAUGGGCGUGGGGAACACCAAGGCCGCCACCGAGUUCAACGUGUACAUGGACGCCGAGGCCUUCGAGGCCGUGCUGCGCAGCGUGCCGAAGCCCGUGUUCUUGCUGCCCUGGGAGACCGUCACGGCCACCAACUUCUCCCAGGAGUGGCGCAGGGACCGGCUGGGCGCGCUCGCCACUCCACAGAUGGAGUUCCUGAAUCUGGCGGAGCGCCGGACUCGGUCGGGCAAGCGGUACAACCCGGCGGACGCCAUGCUCGCCCUGUUCGUGCUGCGGCCCGACUUGAUCACGGAAAGGACCACCACCAACGUCCAGGUGGUGCUGGGCGACGGCUUCGCGCGCGCGGCCACGCUGGUGGACUACGUGGGGCGGAGCGGCAAGGCCGCGAACGCGGUGCUGCUGCAGCGGGCCGACCGCGCGCUGGCGGAGUGCCUGCUGCUGGAACUGCUGUCCGCGCCCGUCUCCGUGUCGUCCCGAGCUGACAAGGCGCACAAGGCCGUUGCAGGAGAGGACUAAUCUCUGUUCAUUGGGCCAGACUCGUGAUGGCAUAAACGUUCAGCCGGGCAGCUGCCUUCAGCUUAGUUUCCACCCCUCCCCCUCCCACGC